UUGGAUGAUUGCCAGCUUUUAUUCUGAGAGGAAGAUGUGCAAAAAGGUUUAGCCAAAUCAUUUUAAAAUAAAUAAACUGCAUCAGUGGCUUUCUCCACCUUUCUCUGCUAUCUAGAAAGCAGAGUGUCAGAGAGUCAGUGAGGACAUGAGGAUGGGACUCACUUUAGUUUGUGUGCCGGGGCUUUUCUUGAUGAAUAUUCUCCUCUACUGUGGACACGCUCAAGAGACUUCGCUGUCCAUUGAUCCAAACAGGUCCACUUUCUUUACUGGAGAGUCUGUUACCUUCACAUGUGACGUGAGGAUGGGAGAACCUUUCAACAAUCCCAAACUCUGGGAUUGUUCAAUCAUUAGGAAUGGUCAUAAGUUUCUCUCCAACACUUUAAAUAAGAUAUCUAUAUCUCUAACUCCAGAAUACAGUGGUGAAUACCAAUGUGUUGCAACUUGCAAGAUCGUCUCACUGAUAAGAAUAGAAAGUAAUACAAUCUCUAUAACUGUAUCAGAUAAACCCAAGCCGGUCCUCACUGUGUCUCCAUUGUGGCCGAGUCCUGGAGACUCAGUGACUCUGACCUGCAGGGUUGAACAUCCAUCUGCAGGAUGGAGGUUCUUCUGGUACCAGGUUGUUCCCAAACUGGAGUCCUACAGCUAUGAGCUGCUACCUGGUAGCUCCACUGGGACUGAAGAGGACUCCUUCAUUGUUCAUGGACAGACGCACACAGCAGGAUAUGUGUGCAGAGCUGGAAGAGGAGAUCCAUUGUUCUACUCUUCGUAUAGUGAACCUCAGUUCAUCUGGUCUGGAGAUUUCCAUCCAGCAGCGUCUCUCACAGUGAGUCCUCCCAGAAUGCAGUUCUUCAGCAAAGAUUCACUGUCACUGAGCUGUGAGGGAAACUCUACUGAGUGGAGAGUGAGAAGGUUUAUUAAAUAUGACCACCUGGCAUAUUGUUCUUCCUGGGGAACCAUGACUGGAUCUACAUGCAGCAUCAACUCUAAUGGGAUUAGUGGAGUGUACUGGUGUGAGUCUGAAACAGGACAGUUCAGCAAUGCAGCCAACAUCACUGUACAGAGCGGUGAUGUCAUCCUGGUGAGCUCUGUCCAUCCUGUGACUGAGGGACAUUCUGUCACUCUCAGCUGCAGGUUGAGGACAGAAAAGGUUCUUUAUAGCGUGGAUUUCUAUAAAAAUGGCAAACUCAUCUCAAAUGAUGCCAGCGGGGAGCUGUUUAUCUCUGAAGUUACAAAGUCAGAUGAAGGUUUUUAUAAAUGUGAAGGAAGAGAUUCAUCACAAGGUUUCAGGAGUUUGAAGUCACCAAAGAGUUGGUUGUCAGUUAAAUCUGCAACAACAAGCUCUCCAGUUCCCGUGCUGUUGGUUGUUGGUCUGGUUUGUGGAGUUUCACUGAUUAUUCUGCUGCUGCUGGUUCUGUAUUGCUACAGAAAGUCAAAAGAUUCACGCCUCGUGAGGUCUCAGAGCACCAAUCAGAGCCCAGCUACAGACCACAUGACCAACCAGGUUGAAACUCAAAACAAUGCAUAUGCCUCUCUUCUCCAUGGUGAUUCUUGUCUCUAUGAAACAAUCAGAGGCUCUGAAGAACCUGGACAUGAUAUUUGGCUGUCCACUGAUCCAAACAGGUCCACUUUCUUUACUGGAGAGUCUGUUACCUUCACAUGUGACGUGAGGACAGGAGAAGAGACUGGCUGGUUGUACUCAUUCAGGAGGAAUGGCGUUAAUUUUCUCUUCUACAGCACAGACAAGAUAAUUAGAUCACCACCUGUAACUCCAGGCUUCACUGAGAAAUAUCAGUGUUAUGCAACUCACAAGAGAUCAUCAGCUGUUUUCAUAGAAAGUAAUAAAGUGUCUCUAACUGUAACAGAUAAACCCAAGCCGGUCCUCACUGUGUCUCCAUUGUGGCCGAGUCCUGGAGACUCAGUGACUCUGACCUGCAGGGUUGAACAUCCAUCUGCAGGAUGGAGGUUCUUCUGGUACCAGGUUGUUCCCAAACUACCAUACUCCUACAGCUAUGAGCUGCUACCUGGUAGCUCCACUGGGACUGAAGAGGACUCCUUCAUUGUUCAUGGACAGACGCACACAGCAGGAUAUGUGUGCAGAGCUGGAAGAGGAGAUCCAUUGUUCUACUCUUCGUAUAGUGAACCUCAGUUCAUCUGGUCUGGAGAUUUCCAUCCAGCAGCGUCUCUCACAGUGAGUCCUCCCAGAAUGCAGUUCUUCAGCAAAGAGUCACUGUCACUGAGCUGUGAGGGAAACUCUCCUGAGUGGAGAGUGAGAAGGUUUAUUAAAUAUGUACACCUGGCAUAUUGUUCUUCCUUGGGAACCAUGACUGGAUCUACAUGCAGCAUCAACUCUAUUGGGAUUAGUGGAGUGUACUGGUGUGAGUCUGAAACAGGACAGUUCAGCAAUGCAGCCAACAUCACUGUACAGAGCGGUGAUGUCAUCCUGGUGAGCUCUGUCCAUCCUGUGACUGAGGGACAUUCUGUCACUCUCAGCUGCAGGUUGAGGACAGAAAAGGUUCUUUAUAAAGUGGAUUUCUAUAAAAAUGACAAACUCAUCUCAAAUGAUGCCAGCGGGGAGCUGUUUAUCUCUGAAGUUACAAAGUCAGAUGAAGGUUUUUAUAAAUGUGAAGGAAGAGAUUCACCACAAGGUUUCAGGAGUUUGACGUCACCAGAGAGUUGGUUGUCAGUUAAAUCUGCAACAACAAGCUCUCCAGUUCCCGUGCUGUUGAUUGUUGGUCUGGUUUGUGGAGUUUCACUGAUUAUUCUGCUGCUGCUGGUUCUGUAUUGCUACAGAAAGUCAAAAGGUCUCAGAGCACCAAUCAGAGCCCAGCUACAGACCACGUGACCAACCAGGUUGAAACUCAAACAAUGCAUAUGCCUCUCUUCUCCAUGGUGAUUCUUGUCUCUAUGAAACAAUCAGAGGCUCUGAAGAACCUGGACAUGGGAACAAUAAUGAACCAGAGGAGAGCGUUUACUCCAAUGUGACGAUGGGAACAGCUGCAGGUCAAUAACACACCUUUAAUGACAGAACCAGUGGAAUGGAUGUCAAUAUGAAAAACCACAUCCUUGUCUUUUUUUUUUAUAAUCAUUGUGUGAAUUUCUUCUUUCCUUCUA